AUGCCACCUCCAUCGAACAUCAAAGGUGUCGUCCCGCCUGACCAUCUUACCUCCGUGGCCGCAGGCGGCUUCGCAGCGGGUGUUCUGCGCUUCGGCACAAUCUCGAUGCUCUCACACUUCCUCUUGCUUCGGCAUCCGGUCUACCGAGGCCUUACCAUCCAGUUCAAGGUCUACUUGCAACUCAGCGCAAUUAUCCUCGGAGGCUGCAUCUUUGCAGAGAAAAGGGUGUCGGAAUACAAUGAUGCAGUGAGGAACAGGAACCGCGCUCUAGAACGCAGUAGGCGAGUCUGGACCGAAGAGCAAGAGUUUAAGGAGAGACUCUCGAGGCGAGAAGCUCCUGAGAAGUGA